CCUGCCUUCUGAACGGCCCAGAAAAUAGAGAAAAGGAGGGAGAAGUGCUCUGCACUGGUGCAAUGAGAUCCAACUUCAGAAUCAAAUAGGCCAGAGUUUGGGGCUCUGCUCUUACCAGUUCCAUGACCUAGGAGACAUGUGUUCACCUCUCCAGGCCUCAGUUUCCCCAUCUGAUGGGGAUAUCAAUAUCUCCCAUUUGUAUAGAGGGCAAUCUAGCAAUUUAAAAUGUGGGUGCUGGCGUUAGAACAGCCUGGUUCACGGUCCAGUUCUUCCCUGCCGUUUGCUAACCACAUGGCCUAGGAAUGUUCUCAGCUGUCCGGAUGAAUUAUAACCAACACUGAGAGAGAGUGUCCUGUGUGCCAGGUCCUAUUCCAAAGAGCAUGCUUAUCUCCUUUAAUCCCCACCACACUAUUCUUGCUCCUGUUUUACAAAUGAGGCUCGGAGGGAUAUGGUGAUUUUCCCAAGUCACACCAUAUGUAGCAGAGCCAGGAUGCAAACCUUCUCCUACAGUGCCUCUAACAGCUAUGGAAUACAGCACUUUCAUCCUGAAUAGAAACCACAUACUUGCUUUGCAAACAGGACUUCGGGGCCAGUCUCCAAAUUCCCCCUCAAAUUUCCUCUAGGCAAGAGUUCUGGAGCCACCACUGCACUCCAGCCGACCUUGGCUUCUGAGCUUUGGAUUCUGGGCGGUAAUGGUCACGGUCCCAGUGUCCUGGAAAAGCUUGCCCUUGGCUUCUGGCCCUGACUCUGCCUCCCACUGACUAGUGGACGUCACUCCCCCUUUCUGGGCCUGGCAACACCAUCCUGUUCAAUGAGGCUGCGGCUGGAUCAGAGGCCCCCAGGCCCGAAACCUUCCAGGGCUGGGCUCAGCUCCCUACCCCAUCCCCCAGGUAUGCCAGGAGGCCUGGGCGGGACCUGCUUGGGGUUAAAUACUCCAGCCCAGCACUCCCCAGGCCGCUAGUCCCAGUCUUCGCAGCAGGCAGUUUGACUAAGAUCAAUCAUGACGACUUACAGUGACAAAGGGGCAAAGCCUGAGAGAGGCCGAUUCCUCCACUUCCACUCUGUGACCUUCUGGGUUGGCAACGCCAAGCAGGCCGCGUCAUUCUACUGCAGCAAGAUGGGCUUUGAACCUCUAGCCUACAGGGGCCUGGAGACCGGUUCCCGGGAGGUGGUCAGCCAUGUAAUCAAACAAGGGAAGAUUGUGUUUGUCCUCUCCUCAGCACUCAACCCCUGGAACAAAGAGAUGGGGGAUCACCUGGUGAAACACGGCGAUGGCGUGAAGGACAUCGCGUUUGAGGUGGAAGAUUGUGACUACAUCGUGCAGAAAGCACGGGAACGGGGCGCCAAAAUCGUGCGGGAGCCCUGGGUAGAGCAAGACAAGUUUGGGAAGGUGAAGUUUGCUGUGCUGCAGACGUAUGGGGACACCACACACACCCUGGUGGAGAAGAUGAACUACACCGGCCAAUUCUUGCCUGGAUAUGAGGCCCCAGUGUUCAUGGACCCCCUACUUCCUAAACUGCCCAAAUGCAGUCUCGAGAUUAUCGACCACAUUGUGGGAAACCAGCCUGAUCAGGAGAUGGUGUCUGCCUCCGAAUGGUACCUGAAAAACCUGCAGUUCCACCGCUUCUGGUCUGUGGAUGACACGCAGGUGCACACAGAAUAUAGCUCUCUGCGAUCCAUUGUGGUGGCCAACUAUGAAGAGUCCAUCAAGAUGCCCAUCAAUGAGCCAGCGCCUGGCAAGAAGAAGUCCCAGAUCCAGGAAUAUGUGGACUACAACGGGGGCGCUGGGGUCCAGCACAUCGCCCUCAACACCCAAGACAUCAUCACAGCGAUUCGCCACUUGAGAGAGAGAGGCAUGGAGUUCUUAUCUGUUCCCUCCACGUACUACAAACAACUGCGGGAGAAGCUGAAGACGGCCAAGAUCAAGGUGAAGGAGAACAUUGAUGUCCUGGAGGAGCUGAAAAUCCGGUGACUACGACGAGAAAAAGGCUACCUGCUGCACAUCUUCACCAAACCGUUGCAAGGACCGGCCGCACCGCUCUUCCUGGAGUGCAUCCAGCGCCACAACCACCAGGCAGUAGUGCCUCAUGGCACCAGUGAAGCAGGGCGCGCCAGCGCAGCGGGACCGAGAGCGCGCGGUGCCAGCUUUUUGCAAGGCAGGGAUCUGCGCUGA